GUGCUGAGCGAGGCCGGCAAGCCCAUCUACUCCCGCUACGGCAACGAGGAGGCCUUGUCCUCCACCAUGGGCGUCAUGAUGGCCCUGGUGUCCUUCAUCCAGAGCGGUGACAACGCCAUCCGCUCCAUCUACUCGGACGACCGGAAGCUGGUGUUCGUGCAGCAGGGGCCCCUGGUGCUGGUGUCGGUGUCGCGGACGCUACAGUCGGAGCAGCAGCUGCGCCAGGAGCUGCUCUACGUUUACUACCAGAUCCUCAGCAUGCUGACCCAGGUGAGCAUCACCCGCAUCUUCGAGCGCAAGAAGAACUACGACCUGCGGCGCCUGCUGGCCGGCUCCGAGAAGAUCCUGGACCGUCUGCUCAACCUGGUGGAGUCGGACCCCGGCUUCCUGCUGGGGGCGGUGCGCUGCCUCCCCCUGCCUGCCUCCCAGCGGGACGCCCUGGGUGCCCUGCUGCAAAAGGCCAUCACCCCCAACCUGGUCUUCUCCAUCCUGGUGGCCCAGAGCCAGCUGGUCACGGCUGUGCAGGAGCGGGCGGUGAUCGAGGAGUGCCGGCUGGAGCCCACCGACCUGCACCUGCUGCUCAACCUGAUCGGGGCCAGCUCGGCCUUCCAGGCGGGGGAGAUCUGGACACCCAUCUGCUUACCCCGCUUCAACCCCGACGGGUACUUCUACGCCUACAUCUCCUACCUGGACGCCGAGUGCACGGUGUGCCUGGUGCUGCUCUCCACCGACAAGGAGUCCUUCUACGCCGUCUCGGACUGCAAGAAGCGGGUGGAGGAGGCCAUGCGGACGCAGGGCUCGCUGCAGGUGCUUUCAGGCGGCCUGCAGAGCCCCUCCUACAGUGUGGGGCAAGUGGGGGUGCCGGAUAUCCCGGAGAACUACCGCCAGCUGCCCCAGUUCACCAGCCCAGAGCUGGAGGGGCCAUAUUGCAGCGAGGAGGAGCAACAACGGCUUUUUGACCUCUACCAUUACCUGCACAGCCGCAUCCACAGCACCUCUCGCCCCCUACGCCUCAUCUACCACGUGGCGGAGAAGGAGACGCUACUGGCUUGGGUGACCAGUAAGUUUGAACUGUACACUUGCUUCAGCCCCCUGGUGACCAAAGCUGGUGCUAUCAAUGUUCUCACCAAGCUGUUGCGCUGGAUCAAGAAGGAGGAGGACCGGCUUUUCAUUCGCUACCCCCCCAAGUACUCCACCACACCCAACCCAGGGAAGGGCACCAAGGGCGGCCGGCCCGACGGCGCUGAGAAUGGAUUUUUUGCUGGCCUCUAAGCCUGGUUUUGCUUCACCCGGGCCCCUGUUUCACCGGUGACUGGAUAACGUGGGGGGAAAUCUAUUCCUCCAGAGAAACCACUCUCUGUGAUCUAGCUCAGGCGUGGCUGGUUCCUUCCAGGGCUCCUGCGAUGAGUGGUUGCUUGUCUGUCUUAUUUAUUGGCCUACUUGUGUCUCCGAGCCUAUGUUGAGGAGGCCUGGUUGGGGGAGGAUGACGCCGGGCCUUGUUGCUUCACUUUUGAGCCUUGUGCGCUAGGCUGAUGUGGGGCGCCGAGGGGCAUGACAAGCUUACACUGGCUCCUGUGGCCUGUUACGGGAAGGGCCUGUGCUGAAGGACUCCACCCAAAUGAUGAAGCUGGGUUUGGGUAUGGCAUCUCCUCGACGGAAGUUUUUCUUCUAGUACUUGGCUCCUUUCCCCGGAGCCUCUGUUCUCUGCUUCCCAGUGUGGAUCAGCUGCCGGUCCCUAAGCAAUGGGUUGCAAUUGUGUUUCUCCUUCCUUUGGAAGAAUUGUGGCUAAUUGCAUCUCUUGGCAUCAGAGCCCGACCUGCUUUGAACCCAUUUUUCUAACACUCUCUGCUCUUUAAGUGUCCUAGCCUGGAAUGAACUUAGAUUUCUUGCAGGACCUGGAGGUCUGUGGCUCAUGUUUGAUAAUAGAUUUAGCUGGGUGCUGUGUCUGGAAACAGCGGCUCAUGUUUGCCAACCGAUUUAAACUGGGCGCUGUGUCUGGAAACAGGGCAAUAUGUGCGGUGGAAAGGAGAUUACUCCUUCAUCUCCUCCUCUCCGUCCCCCGCACAUGCUGCUCUCGAUGCUGUAAAUCGGAAAUGGGAGAUGCCCCCCAUGUUGUGUUCUCUCUCCAUGGGCUGGUUGUGUUAGUUAAUGUCUGCACCAAUGCACUCUCCUCUGUAUUAAUGUCUGCACCAAUGCAGGGGUCUGUAUUAAUUUAAUGUUCACUUUUGGAAAGGCAGAUCCUUUCACAGGAAGAUUCAAAAUGCUUUUUGAAAGCAACAGACUGCCUCUCUCCUUUGCUGGUGACAGCUGCGCCCUGCCUUACGGUAAAUGGGCUGCCCCUUGGCUCUUUUCAGUCUCGUUGUCCAUCCGGGCUGCUAGAAGGGCUGUUUGGGGCCUCAGCCGUGGGCUCGAGCCAGAAUCUGUGGGAUCUGCUUCACCCAGGAAGAUCACCCCAUGUCUCCGGAGAGCGAGCCCUGCCUGCAUCUCCUUUCACUUGCAUCUAGCUGCUCCAAGGAGACCUGGCGGGGUUGGGGAAGUGGAAAGUGUUUUCACAUGCAUGAGGCGCUGUGCCUGGAACCGGCGUGGCUGGCUGUCAAAUGAGGUCUCUUCCUGGCUGGCUUGUGGAACUGAGAAUCAAAGUCUUAUUAAAAAAAGUUGUUUUGA